CCUGGCAACCCUUACCGACGAGUGCACCUUGAGCCUUCGCGGCGCUGAACUACCCUCUUCAGUGCCACCGCUGACACGACACGGGACGCUGUACAGUAAGGAGUUAUUGUGAAGCCACGGAGAGAAGCGGAAAGAAACGGGUGGAAGCAAUCUGACCCGCAAUGGCAGGCAGGUAAAAAAAAAGAAAAAAGAAAAGAACUGGGAGACUGAAGCCGCCGAGAUGAGCGACAGAGCCGAGAUGAGAGGGCCCGUAACCCGCCGGAGGAGGACGACCAUCUCCGGCGCUGGCGGCGGAGCGGUCAGCUUGAAGCAGCAAGCCAACGGCAGCAAGUGGCACGAUGCAGAGGCGAAACCUCCACAGUGUCCCGCUAAAACCAAAACAGAAAACGAGGUGCAAAGGCAUGCAAGUAACAACGGGAAGAUGGGGAGAGAGAUGGGGAUGUCAGGACAGCAGCAGCCACAGCAGCAGCUCACAAACAGUCAGAGGAAACAGAGGAGCGCAGUGGAAGAUAUCAACGAGAGACUCAGCUGUCACGUCCUCCAGGAGUCUCUCUUAAGCUCGGCCAGCGGCUACAGCAACUACAGAGGAAUCCUCAACUGGUGUGUUGUCAUGCUGGUGUUGAGUAAUGCACGUCUCUUCCUGGAGAACAUUAUAAAGUAUGGUAUCUUGGUCGACCCUAUCCAAGUGGUGUCCCUCUUCUUAAAGGACCCCUAUAGCUGGCCAGCAGCUUGCCUCAUCCUCGCGUCUAAUGUGUUCAUCUUAGCAGCCUUAUACACAGAGAGACGUCUGGCUGUGGGUACCAUUUCCAAAACUACAGGACAAAUCCUUCACAUUUUUAACCUGACAUCCAUGUUGAUCUUUCCUUCAGCCACAGUACUCACUGUGACCUCCAUCACCCCAGUGGGUGGUGUGCUCUCCCUAGGUGUCUACACAGUACUGUUUCUCAAGCUGUACUCCUACCAAGAUACCAACAGGUGGUGUAGAGAAAUCAGACAAGCCAAAGCCAAAAGAAUGACACGAUCGUAUUCAUGUCCGUCUGUGGCUCAGUCCAAUGGUUCAGCAGUUCAUACUCAUGUCUCCUACCCAGGCAACCUCACUCACAGAGACAUGUACUACUUUGUCUUUGCCCCAACUCUCUGCUACCAGCUAAACUUCCCACGGUCACCGCGAAUACGUAAAAGGUUCCUGAUGAGAAGACUUUUUGAAAUGCUUUUCUUCAUGCAGCUACUGGUGGGAUUAAUACAGCAGUGGAUGGUUCCCACUAUACAGAACUCAAUGAAACCCUUCCAGGAAAUGGACUUUUCUAGGAUGGUGGAGCGCCUGUUGAAACUAGCUGUCCCUAACCAUCUGAUAUGGUUAAUAUUCUUCUAUUGGUUUUUCCAUUCCUCUAUGAACUUUGUGGCAGAGCUGCUGCAGUUUGGAGACAGAGAGUUCUACAGGGACUGGUGGAACUCUGAGACUGUCACUUAUUUCUGGGCCAACUGGAAUAUCCCAGUACACAAGUGGUGCCUCAGACACUUCUACAAGCCAAUGUUGAGAAAGGGGAUCAACAAGUUUCUGGCUCAAACCGCUGUGUUUCUGGUGUCUGCUUUCUUCCACGAGUAUCUGGUGAGUGUUCCUCUGAAGAUGUUCAGACUCUGGGCCUUUAUGGGAAUGAUGGCUCAGGUUCCUCUAGCUUGGUUUGUGGGUCGCUUCCUGAAUGGAAACUAUGGAAACGCUGCCGUGUGGAUCUCACUCAUCAUCGGCCAGCCUGUCGCUGUGUUGAUGUACGUCCAUGACUACUAUGUCAUUCAUUACGGGAGCACCACAUAGUACUGGACAAAUUCACACACACUCCUACAGUUACAUGCACACAGAGAGACACAUAUACACCAGCCUGCAGUGAGUGAAUGUGGAGGAAGUUAAGGCGACAAUAAUGGAAAGUCCUGCUAAUAUGAACCUGCCAGUAAACAGCAGCAACAGCAGGAAAAUUGUCUUGAAUUUUUCAUUUUUGCACUUGAGGGAAAUGGACCACGGUAUGUCAGGAACUUAUUCUAACAGGAGGAGUGCUUGAUUGAAAGCGAUAUUCCACUUUGGUAAGACAUAGUCCUUUGUGGUCAGCCACCAGUAUUUGCAAAUCUAGGAAGCCACCAUCGCUACUAGCUCUGCUGAAACUCUAAACAUUUUGUCCAGGAUCAAUUAUUAUUGGAAUUGAUCCCUAAUACUUUAUCAAAAACAUAAAUGUGUGGUGCUAAAGUUUCCCAGAUUGGCUGAUAUUGGUGGUAGACAAUUCAUGAGCUUGUACAGAGGCUAAGCGCCGUGAAUGAAACUAUGCUGUUUAAGCUUUAAAAACAUGUUCAAGAGCACUUCAGUGCAUUAAAAAGUGGAAACAUGGCUUCCAACCGAGCACUGCUCCUGGGUUGUGUAUAUUUAAAAAUGCACACUCCGUCCUGUGCAGCAAGUAUAAGCCACUGCCGAGCCAGCACAAACCAGAACAGGAUCCUGCCUCCAUAGAGCCAGUGUGAAAAUGUUGUUUCUAUAUCAGUGGCUGAGAAAUUGUUGCUCCUUUCUUAUAUCCAAAGGCAACAGGGAAUUUUUGAAUCCAGUUUCUUUCUAUAAGCAAAGGCUUAAAAAUUCUAUUACCCCAUUUAGGAUGUCUUCAGGUCCACAAAUUGACCACAGUAACAGUUUUUACAUGUAUUCUGUAUAUAUACAUAUGUGUAUAUAUAUAUAUAUUUAUAUAUAUAUGUAUUCUAUAUCCCCCUCUCUUUGAUGCAAGUAUUACAGACAUUUAAGUUCAAACAAUUUGCAAAGAAAGGACCUCUCUCCAAUAAGAAAGGGGUAACAGGAUGUUUUUGUGACGGUACUGUUGUGGACCUACAGACAGCCUCCUCUCUCCUGUUUCUCAAUUACAAACAACAUCAAUGCAAGCUCUUAGUGUAACAGUACAUGCUACAGGUGUGUUAUUAGUAUUGGUCUCCUUAGCGUUUUUGUGUUGCACUAGAGUUAUCAGAUGGUUCAUUUUAUUUUUUGGAUCAUUUUAUUUGCUGAUGUAACUGCAGUUAUGUUGUGCCAUCUUGAACUUAUUAUUUAUGUUGAAUUUGAUGUUAAAUGAACCAUUUAAUGCAGUAGCUGAUUUACUGAUUUGAACCAAUGAAUGUUUUUUUGCACUUUAAAGAGAUGCAUGUUGUUAAAGCAAUAGAUUUCUAUGAAUGUACUCUUUAAGUUGUAUCAAUUGUGAAAGGAAAAUGUUUUGUUGGAAUAAUUUAUAUUUUCCGUAAUUUGCUUGUUGGAAUUUUGUUGUAUGUGGUUGGCUCAGUUUCAGUUUCUUUGAAAGUAAAAGAGCAGAUGCAUUAGUAAUGUUUGCAGUUUCAAACUGCCUUUUCAUGCCAGAGUUUUUUUUUUCAGUAUUCACAUCCUGAGGAGAGUUUUCUUCUUAAUUUCAUGUUAAAGUUAUUAAAGCCCGACACUGUUGCCAACGUGGAUAUUGCCAUAUAAAAGUUAAUACAGGCUUUAUUAUUUUACUUUAUGUUUUAGUCUGUUUUCUCAAUACACAGUGAGAGUUGAGUGAGCAGAGCUUUUCAAUUUUGAAAAAUGUGUCCCGUAUUCUUUCCUCACUGAUCACAUUCAGGGAAAACACUGUUGUUAAAUCUUAACACCAGUUAUCAAAAACACUGCGUGUUGACAUUCCUUGUUGAAAAUUAUAAGUGCCUGCUGUACAAAUGUGCUUAAACUCCAAAUGUAAAAAAAAAUAUACGAAUAGUUUGCAGAAAAUGCACAAAGGCAAAAUACUUAGAAACGAAAGGUAAUUUCCUUGACCUCAUUCUCAGUAGGAGAAUGAG